CGUUGCAACGUAGCCUACGGCUCAGUCCGUACAAUGCCACCGAACAGCCACCACAGCUCUAAAUAAAAUAACCCUACUGCAAUGGCCUCCGCUGCAGUAAUCCUCAUUUUAUUACUGGCCAAUAGACUUAAGGAAGCACAAACAAGCGUAACCUCCUUACUGGGACCAGAACGAGUAAACGCAUUACCAGAGUAUUCCGGAGAAGCGCACGCUUUUGCCUUGCAAAUAGAAGAAAUACGGACUGCCUCGGAAGCCUCGCCCGCAGCCGGCGGCGGCGGCGGAAACAAUCUUAAUGUCAUUCCCGCGACAGUUCCUGCGAGGCUGCUGGAGGUAACAUCCGAGAAUUUCCAAGCAAUCUCAGCGAAUUACCCGGUCGAAGAAAAUACAAACAAAAAAUAUAACAGCGCCGCGUACGCCGUGAAAUCUGAUUUAUCGUUUUAUGAAAAGGUAACUAAAAGGCCGCGGAAAGGGAAAUCAGAAGUGAAUCAAGAAAAGGAUGUUACGCCAAUAGCGUUGGUUUGGGAUAACUGCUUUGAAACGGUUUAUCGGAAUAACGAAGGGUUUGCGAGAGAACGUCAGUAUGACAUGGAGUAUGGAAACCAUCAUUUUGUAUCGGACGAUACUAGAGAGAAGAAGACCUAUUUUAAUGAUGGAGUGAAAAAACGAGAUGCUCGAAAUACAACGACAACUACGACUAUGCAAAUGUGGCUUGACAAAUAUAUAUCCCUAAGGGAUGCUGAGGAGCGACGUCAGUUAAAGCCAGAUUCAAUUAUUAAAAAGUCAUCAGAAGUUAGUUUAUCCACGGUGAAAGUUGUCCCAAUUACUACUGAACUAACACCAGUUAGACCAGUUAAAAAGAUUUUCAAUGUGAGUUUAGAUUUUCCGGUGACAGAAAAUAAUAUUAAAGCUAGUUACACAGAGGAUUGGUUCGAGACAAAGGAUAAAGUGAGAAAAACUAAAAUCAAAUUUGGAGGUCUUCCCCAGAGAGAAACUUAUUUAGUGCCGGGAAUGAAACUAGAAGAAGGGUUCCAUCCCUUUGAAUUCAUAGCCGAUAUGUUUUAUUUCAUUCAUCCUUUCGAUUUCCCUGUCGGUCUGGUCAAGGAAAUCCUCUGGGGGAAAUUCACGUUUCCCUAUUCGUUCUUACUGUCAAUAAAAGUGGAGUCAGCAUUCCUAGUCUUCAUAAUCCUGUUCGCGUGCCUGGCGCUGGUCAUCCCCUCGUACCUGGUCAUCGUCAGCCUGCUGGCCCUGCUCGGGGGCUCCCGCUGUGACGAUGAGAUGGAGUCCGGAGCCCUGUUCCCUGAACUGGAGGAGUCGGAGUGCAAUGAAAGGGUUUUGGUCGUCGCGACGCUGUUCGUUGUUUUGGUUAGCUGCGCGUUAAUAUCCGGCAUGGUGGUAGCCAACGAGCAGGCCACCGCGGCGGCCUCGCUCAGCCGGGACGCGCUGCGCUGCGCCGGCGCCGACCUCGCCGCGUGGUUGGCGAGUGCGGCAAGAGACCUGCAUCAUAGCCUGGUGCCGCCUGUGGAUUUAGUGUUGCAGGCCUAUAGGGAUGAUACUAGAAAUGUGGACCCUCUACUUGGAGAGCCGAUACAAACAGCAAUAUGUUCUGAAAGCGGCAUCGAUUUAGUUCUGGAAUCUCUAAACGAUGUUAUAACAGAAAGCGAAGACCUAGCUGGUAAGAUAUCCUCGCUCCGUGACGUCAGCAUCCAAGCUGGGUCCCUCGCCACAGCCGCUUCCGACCGGAUGAAGGACCUGGCGAGGCAGCUUGACAACCUGAAGAAACACUGCGUAGGGAAGGAUGUGAAGCUGUGUGAUACCUUGAAUACGAACUCGAUGGAGUUGAGGAUGAAGUUUGAUUUGAUACUCCGAGAGCAGCAACUCCUAGAGCUCCGAACCCUCGGCGUGGAGAAUCUGACCCGCGCCAUCGCACUCGCUCGCCGCGACUUCCGCUCUCUGCCCGCGGCCAUCGCGGAGCAGACUAGUGGCGCUAGGGAGGACCUAGUCCGCGACUUGGAGAAUCGCAAAGAGCUCGUCUACCGCUCGUCCAGAGUGCUGCACGAGAUCGCGCGCCAGCUGACGGCGGCUCUGACCUCCGCCGUGAGGUCCGUGGACGCCGGGCUGGCGAGGGUCCAGGUGUAUGAUACUUGGAGAUGGGUGGCUAUGAUGGGAUGCACAAUACUGUUUGGUGUGGUGAUGGGGCUUAUACUCUGCGCCAUGAUGUGUGGUUGUGGACACGCGAAGACUCACGGGAAAAGAACAUUGAAAGUGUCUACAAUUUGGAUAUUUUUGGCAUCGUUAAUCCUUUGGAGUAUGAUUUCGGUGAUAUUUUUGAUUGCUGGACACGCUGAGGUGUACAUAUGCCACGCCCUGUGGGACGCCCCUAACUACGACGAUCUAUCUCAUCUCCUAGACCGGCCGUCCCCGCUGUUCCAAGAAGAGGAAGGCAUGUUCGACGCACUGUUCCGAGAUAUGGAGAAUGUUACUGUCGAUGUGUCGGUCAGAGAUGUCAUUCGAGACUGCGAAAAAGACCAGCCGGCCUACAGCGUGUUUCACUUAGACAAGGUUCUAGAUGUGAACGAGGAGACUUCAUACUUUGAGUGGGAAGAACUUCAAGCGGACCUUGGCAGAUUGUCGUCAGCGCUGGAUGUUGGCUUCUUGAAGACCAUAUCAGCUGAGCUGAGCCGGCUAUUGAAUCAGAUGCUUGUGGUGUCUGAUGUUAAUUUGGCUAAGUAUAGGAUAGAAUACAAUAACGGUCCGGUUGUUGGUAAAGACUUGAUCUCGUUAGCCGAUCAAUUACAAAAUGUUGCAGCGCAAGUUACUGAUCUAACUACAUCGGGCAGAUUAGAAGCCUUAGCCACAAGAACACAAAGGCUGCACUUGACCAGUAUAAAGCCAUUGGAGCAGCUGAGAGCAGACGUCGUGUUCAAGUUGACAGAACUGGAGCUCCAACUGAUGCCGUUCAGAAGGAAACUCAAUAUAUCCCUGAGUCACAUUCACACGGCUCAGUACUAUAUCGAUAAUCAAGGAGAUGUUAUUGCUCAAAAGAAGGUGUCCAUCUACGUGAACCGCCUGAUCUCCCACGUGGCGGGGUGGCGGUCGCACGUGCUGGCGGCCACGGCGACGCGCGCCGCGCGCUGCCGCCCGCUGUUCCAGGUGUUCAGCGCGGCUCGAGCGCUGCUUUGUACCAGAUAUGUUGCUGAGCUGCACGGCUGGUGGGUGUGCGGGGUCCUGCUCGGGCUGUGCUGGGUGGCGCUGACCCCGCUCUGUGUGAGGCUGUGGCGGAGCUACGGGAGACGGUGUGGAAACGACUCGAUUACGUUGGCUAACUUGGGUUCUGGACCACAAGAGACUCCAACGACCGCGUUAUGUGACAGCAACAACUGGAAUACCCCGGGGUAUGUACUAUUGUGA